GGCCAAGUUGCGCGGGGUUGUAUUGACUGAAUGGCGCUCUUGGCUUACUUCACCGUUUUCGUGUUAGCAGCAUCUGUUCCUGCCACCGGCCAACAAGGUUUCCUAAGCAUCGACUGUGGCCUGGAUCAAGAUUCCAGAACAGACAGCCUGGUUGGCGGAAUCACCUACGUCUCCGACGGUGCGUACGUCGACGCCGGCGAAAAUAGAAGGGUGACCACCGUGUACAAGGACGACUGGAAGGGCCCUCGCUACCAGACACUCUACACGCUCAGGAGCUUCCCAACAUCCGUUACCGGUGAACGGAGCUGCUACUCGCUACCCACCAAAAAAGGGGACAAGUACAAUGUUCGGCUGGAGUUUCUGUAUGGCAACUACGAUGGCCUGGACAGCGCAUCCCUGACGUUCAACCUGACCCUUGGGGUGAACCACUGGGACACCGUGAUCUUGGACACCACCAUCCACUACGGUUAUAAAGCAUACGCCGCGGUGUUCGUCGCAUGGGCUAUGUCGGCGCCGGUGUGCCUGGUGAAUACCGGCGGUGGUACACCAUUCGUGUCCACGGUGGAGCUGAGGCCGUUUGAAAGCUUGGCCUACCCGACCGACAAUCAGUCACUCUCCCUCUAUGAACGGAAGAGCAUGAGAUCAGGUGCUGACGUCGAUAUAAUAAGGUUUCCUGAUGAUCAGUACGAUCGUUAUUGGUAUGCGUGGGAAUUAACUGGAAAUGACCCUUAUUCAAACAUUUCUACCCAAUCAGCCAUCGAACUGAAUACCACAUUUAUGGUGCCCUUGCGUGUUCUCCAAACAGCUUUUGUGCCGGUUGGUAACUCCAAUGAACUAGUUUUACGUUCAAAGAGAAGAGACAGACUUCCCGGUGAUCACUUGGUGAUCCUGCACUUCGCCGACUUCCAGGAUAACAAGACUAGGGAGUUCACCGUUUCAAUUGACAGCGGCAUGCAAAGUGGACCGAUCAGUCCACCAUACCUGAAAGGUUGGUCUAUCAUCAAUUGGUCCAGUGAUUCUGAAGAUCUGUCCAUCAAACUUGUUGCCACUGCCACAUCUUCUCUUCCCCCGAUCCUCAAUGCUUAUGAGGUCUACAGUCGCAUCAUCCAUGAAUAUCCAAUGACGUUCUCCCAAGACUUUGAUGCGAUCAUGGCCAUUAAACAUGAGUACGGAAUAAGGAAGAAUUGGAUGGGUGAUCCUUGUUAUCCAUCUAAUUCUGUUUGGGAUGGUGUGGAAUGUACUAAUCCUGGUGAUGAUAAAACCAUGAGGAUAAUAUCUCUUGAUCUCUCCAACAGCGAGUUGCAAGGGCAGAUAUCCUAUAAUUUCACAUUGUUUAGUGCCCUCAAGUAUUUAAACUUGUCAUGCAACCAACUAACCGGGACAAUUCCAGACUACCUUCGCAAAAGCAAUGGAUCAAUUGUUUUCAGCUACGAGUCUGACGGAGAUAUGUGCAAAAAACCAAUAACUUCGUCCUCAAGAAACAGAGCAGCUACCUUAGCUGUUUAUGUAGCGGCUCCAGUGCUUGUAGUCGCCAUGCUUGUUGUAGCAUAUUUGAUCUGGAGAGCCAAAAGAAAGCCCCAUUUUUCUACAGAUGAUUCUCCCACGGUACCAGAACAGAUAAGUCCUCCAGGACAUUGGACAAAUCAUUGGGACCAUCUACAAAAACCUGAGAAUCGUCGAUUCACAUAUGAGGAACUAGCGAAGUUCACUGAUAGCUUCAAAUGUUUAAUUGGGCAUGGAGGCUUUGGAAAUGUCUAUUACGGCUGUUUAGAAGACAAUACCGAGGUUGCUGUUAAGAUGCGAUCUGAAUCAUCGUCCCACGGGCUCGAUGAGUUCUUAGCUGAGGUUCAGAGCUUGACCAAGGUGAAUCACAGGAAUCUUGUUUCUUUGAUUGGUUACUGCUGGGAGAAGGAUCAUUUAGCACUUGUCUACGAGUACAUGUCUAGUGGCAAUCUUAGUGAUUAUCUGAGAGGUAAAACUAGCAUGGGUGGAACCAUGAAUUGGGCAACACGCGUAAGAGUUAUGCUUGAAGCUGCACAAGGGCUAGAAUAUCUACAUAAGGGUUGUAACCUGCCAAUAAUUCAUGGGGAUGUAAAGACAAAUAACAUUCUCUUGGGUGGAAAUUUAAAAGCAAAAAUAGCAGAUUUUGGGCUUUCAAAAACCUACCAUAGUGACUCCCAGACUCACAUAUCAGCCAUUGCAGCGGGAUCUAUGGGCUACAUUGACCCUGAGUACUACAUCACCGGUAGACUCACUGAGAGCAGUGACGUUUACAGCUUUGGUGUUGUUUUACUAGAGGUAACUAGUGGUGAACCUACCAUAAUACCUGGAAAUGGUCACAUUGUUGAACGUGUGAAGCAGAAGAUGGUCACUGGUAACAUCAGCUCAGUUGCCGAUGCACGUCUUGGAGGUUCUUAUAACGUCAACUCCAUGUGGAAGGUUCUAGAUGCUGCCAUGAUGUGCACAGCAGAUAUUGCUGCUCAAAGGCCAAUGAUGUCCGCCGUGGUCAUGCAAUUGAAGGAAAGCCUGGAAUUGGAGGAAGCUCAUGGGGACAUGGGCGACAUGGAAAAUAUAGCAAGAGAUAACAAGUUUUCGAUGUCCAUGUUGGGUCCAUCGGCAAGAUGAAGAAUUAACCAUUGCAUAACUAGCUUUGGAACAUACAGUUGGUUCUCUGCUUCAAGUCUAAAAUAAAAGAACUUGUUUGCAUAGAUGAUUUGUUAUAUAUGUGUUAAGACACAAUGAUUUAUACAGUUUGUAUUCGUAACAGAGCUGACAGUAAGCAAUUCGUGAGAGUAGGUCAGUCAAAUGCUGAGAAGGUGGUUGUUUACAACCAAAUAUUAUGUAAUAGAAUCCUCUGCUAUUUUAUAAGCUGUUUGUUUUCAAUGUGCAACAGUAAGCUAUUCGUGUGAGUAGGUCAGCCAAAUGCUGAGAAGCUAGGUGGUUGUUUACAACCAAAGAUUAUGUACUAGAAUCCUCUGCCAUUUUAUAAUUUA